AACAUUAAAGAUUGAAUUAUUUGUUAGAUUUUAAAGUAAACUUCAAGAAUACGCAAGAAAAGGCCAUGGAAGCAAGGGAAAAGAUGGAAAAAGAAUCUGAAGACAAGAUGGAUGUUGAUAAAAAAGAAAAAUUAGGAGAUAAAACAGAAACGACUUUUGGCUGUGAAGAUGCUGCUGAUAAUGAUGAUAAGAAUGAUGACGAGGAUGAUGAUGAUGAUGAAGAUGAUGAUGAUGAUGAUGAUGAUGAUGAUGAUUGGGAAAGUGGAGACAAUGAUGAAGAAGUUGAUGACGAUGAUGAUGAUGGUGAGGAAAGUGAUGAUGAUAGUGAUGAUGAGGAUGAUAGUGAUGAUGAAGAUGAAGAGUCUCAAGUUCUCAGUGAGUCUGAUGGGGAAGAAACUGAAAGCUGUCCAAUUUGUCUCGGAAAAUUUAAAGAUCAGGACAUUGGUACACCAGAGUCUUGUGAUCAUACAUUCUGUUUAGAAUGUAUUCAAGAGUGGUCAAAGAAUGUGAAUACAUGUCCAGUUGAUAGACAGGUUUACCAUUUGAUUAUUGUUAAAAAACCAGGUGAAGAUAAAGUGUUUGAUAGGAUCUCGGUUGAAGAUAGAAAUCAACAAGCUGAAGAGGAAGAAGAAGAAGUAGAUGAAACAGCUUGUGAAGUGUGUGGUCAUAGUGAUAGAGAAGAUAGAUUAUUGUUAUGUGAUGGUUGUGACUUAGGGUACCACUGUGAAUGUUUAAGUCCACCAUUAUCUGAAAUACCCGUAGAGGAAUGGUUUUGUCCAGAUUGUGCCAACAGAGAAGGUAUGGCAGAAGUUGUAGAUGAUAAUGAUGAAGUUAGACAUAUUAUAGCAGAGAAUCAACCUCUGACUAGAAGAUUAAGAUAUCAACGUCGUAUAGCUAGAACUAGAGUCAGUGAAAGGGUUAGAGCUAGAAUUCAACAACAUAGAGCUCAAAGACAUGGCCUGUGGACAUCCUCUGAGGAAGAAGAAGGUGAUGAAGAAGAAGGAGAAGAACAAGAGAGUGAGGCAAUGACGACUGGUUCUUCAAAUACCUCUAUAUCUAAAGAUACUGCUUCCUCAUCAAUAGCCCAGAUUGCAUCCACAUCAGCCAUGAUCCCAACUACUUCAUCAGUUUCUGAUUCAACCACAGCUAAUACAAGCACUGCUUCAACACAAAAAACUCCAAAGAAAAAAACAACCAGGAAGCGCAAGCCAGGCAGUAAGAAAAAGACAACUAAAAAAAGAAGAAAGAGAAAGACCAAAACUAAAAAGAAAUCUACCACUGGUAAAACAAAAAAGAGGAAAACAAAGAAAAGGAAAACCAAAAAGAGAAAGGCUAAAAAAACUUGUGAAGUUAAGAAAAUUACAAGUGUCAAAGGUCGUAUUGCAACAACCCUGGGUUUGUCUAAACCACCAACUGGUCGCACAAUACCUCUCCAGAAAAAGGCAGGAGAAAAAUCAUUGGAUGAACAGCGCAAUGAAGUAGGAGCUUCAUCACUCUCUUUACUAGGUAGUCGAAAUGAGUUAAUAGGAUUUCAAGAUGAGGAUUCACAUGAUAUGCCAAUGUCAACACCUACUGUAAAAUCUAAGUCAUAUAGUACUUCUAAAACUGGUAGUAAAUAUUCCAAGUCAGCCUUAUUAUCACAUCGCCCUGUUAAAUUAUCAGCUACAGUACAGAGACGAAAACGAUCCAAUACCCCAGAAACUACUGAAGCUGAUGUCAAUAGUGUCAUUCAACCACCAGUUGGAGUUCAUAGAGGUGGUCCAUUUGAUAUUCUUGGUUCUAUUAUUCACAGUCAGGGAAAGCUUCACUUACACAGUAAAGAUGUUACCAUACAGAGAGAUGGUUCUCUAACAUCAACCAAACCUAUCAAACCAUUACCACUGAGUACUAAUGCUGAAAGAAUGGGACGUAUAACACUGAGUAUGCCAGGUGGUUCAGUAGAUAGAGAUACACCGCUGAAACCAGCUGAAAGUGACAUAAAGAAACAAAAGGAUACAAAGACUAAAACUACUUCAACAAGCCAAUUUUUGGCCUCAUUGAUGAAUAAACCUGAUGAUUCUGAGUGUUCUAAGGAGACAACCAUGGUACAAACCAAGUCAAAUUCUGAGGAAAAAUCGGAAAAGGCAAAGAAAACUGACUCAAAAGAAAAUGACGAAGCAAGCAAAUUAUCACAAUUUCAAACACAUGAAUCAAAACCUCAGAAUGAUACUGAAAGGAAUAAAAAAGAAAGUGAGGAUGGAGUAAAUAUACCAUCAUUUGCUUCAAUUAAAUCUCCCUCCAAAAAUAAGAAGUCAGAAAAUCUAGGAAAGGAAUGCCAACUGAGCCAAUUAACAGACUGUUCCAAUAUAGUUCCUCACAGUUCUCAUCAGAGUAUGGAAGAAAUUGUUCCUGAGGAUUUAGACUAUAUUGAUGAUGCAAAUAUGUCACCACCUGACUCGCCUUGUGCUGAACUGAAUUUGUCUGAUAGUGAAAUAGAGAAAAACGGCCAUUUCAAAGAUGAUGAUAAAAUUGAUAUUGAUCCUGAUCAUUUAGACCUUGAUAACCUUCCAUCUCCACCUGAUUCCCCAUGUGCUGAGCUAAACCUUUCAGACAAUGAAGGGAAAGAAGCUAUUUCUCUGAAAGAUCAGUCAAAAAAAUCUCCGAAAGCUAAUGGGGCUGUCAUUGCACAGGCAACCAUUGAUUGUGUUAAAAAACAAACCCCAGACUCUAUAGAUAAACCUAUUAUUGAAGAAGCCAAAAACUUAGAUAAACAAGAUUCAGAUGUAUCUCUGGAUAUUAAAAAGAAAGAGACUAAAACUUCUGAGAAAAAAAGAAAUGUUGUUGAUGCAUCUGGUGUACUUACAGAGAAUGAAAGGAAGAGAUAUGCAGAUGAACGUGAUGAUCCAUAUACUGACAGUGAAACUGAAUUUGAUUCAGAAAUAAUUAGUGCAUGGAAAUCUGAUUCUGAUAAAAGUAACAAGAAGUCCAAACCUUUGGAUCAGAUGAUCAAUCCUAAGCAUACAAAGAAAGAUAUGAGUAAAGACGCACAAAAUUUGGUUGAGAAAAAAGAUGACAAAGGUUACAAACUCUCACAGAAGUCUGAAGGUGAUGACCAGAAGAAGGAAGCCAAAAUUUCCCCCAAUGUUGAUUCGGAGGAUUCUAUGACUGGAAUGGAAGUUGUUGAUGAAGUAGGGGAUAAUUCUGAUGCCUAUUUAGAGGAGUUGGAUGUAUCUCCUGUAGGUUCAGUAUGUGCAGAACUCAAUGAUGAAAACACUUUAGAAGAGGAGUUGAUGAACAUGGAUGUACCUUCUCCAGAUGGGUCACCUUGUGCUGAACUUAAUUUAUCAGAAGGAGAAAUUACAAAGGAAGAUCAUGCGUCAGAUUUAGGAGAAAUCAUUGAGGAGCCAGUAGCUCAAUAUUCUCCAGUGAUAGAUGCGAGAGAAGUGAUCAACAAGAUUAUUGAAGAAAAGACAAGAGAAAAAGAAAAGAGUCAGUUUUCAAGAAGAAGGUCCGAUAGAGGGUCACCCAGAAUUUCCAUUGGUCAGUUACUAGAUGGGGAUGUUGGUAAACGCUCACGUCGUAUUUAUCGCAGGCAUCAUUCAAGUGACGAAAGUAGUUCAAGUUCCAGCAGUAAUGACAGUGGAGAGGAAGGGGAAGUCAAAUCUAGAAAUGGCAAAGACCACAAACGUAGACGACAUCGCAAACACAAACACAGAUCAAGUGAUGAUGAAAGAAAAACUAAAGAGUCAAGGGAUUCAACUAGUCGUAAAACACCCAGGAAACAUAAAAAUAUUGAACCUGCAGAAUAUUCUGUCAGUGUGUUGACGCGUAUGGAUAUGUUAGAAGGUAAACAUUCUAGAAGUGAUAGAGAUAAGAGAAGUGAUAGACAUGAACGUCGAGAUAGAAGAGAUAGUGAUAAAGUUAGAAGAGAUGAUAGAGGUAGUCCUGUACGUAGUGCUGAUAAAUAUAGCAGGAGAGACAAAUCUGAUAGAGAUUUUCACUCAAAUCAUGAAAAAGAUUGGGAGCGGGAUCAACGCACAUCUCGUUUUGAAAGAGAGCGAUCUGAGAGAGAUGUAAGAAUGGAAAGGAACUAUAGAUCAGAAAAAGAAGACAGAGUUGAAAGAGGCUAUCGCUCUGACCGAGCAGAACGAGAUCAGAGGUCUGAUAGAGAUUCAAGAUCAGAAAGACAAGAAAGAGAUCAUCAUUCUGAAAGACAUCGAGACAGAGAUUACAGAUUCGAAGAAGAAUUGUUACCAGACGCUGAAAUACAGUCAGUAGAGAGGGAUCAUGACAGAGGACGUCGCAAGCGCAGACACAAGUCAAAAUCACAGAGCUCAUCACCAUAUCGCUCUAGAAGCCACCAUAAGGACUCAUCUAAAGAUAGAAGAAGAACACCAUCAAAAGAAAAAGAUCAUCAAAAGUCGAAAAAGAAAAGGCGAGACAAGUCAUCUGAAAGAGAAAGACCAGCUGUUAGAGAGAAAUCACCCUUUUGGGAUCAUGAAAGGGAAAGAGGAAUAAGUCCAGUCGAUUGGAAUAGAAGUCCAGUGGUUAGUGUUGAGAAGAGUCCAGAACGUGAAGUGAUAGUUAAGAGAAGACGCAGAGUACAUAUUGAUGAUGAUACAUUAACAGGUAGCUCCCACGCUCCAAAGAAAAAAAGAAAGGAUAAAAAUAAACGUGACAAAAGACCCAGAAGUCCAAAAAGUCCCCCACCUCCUGAGACAAUAUCUCCAAUAUUAUUGUCAGAUUAUGAUGUGGAAAAAGAACCUGCACCUAAGCAGAAAAAAAAGGGUAGAAAGAAGAGGAAAGGUAAAAGAAAGAAGGGCCCUCCAGCACCUCCAGGCAUGUUUUUUAAAGAAUUAGAAGAUGAUGCAAUAUUAGUGGGAGAAAUAGAACAUGUAGAAAUUGAAAUACCUUCAGAUGAAAGUGAAGAAGAAACUGUUACUGUAUCUAAAGUUCCCAAUCCUAGUGUCACAAAUACUACAAAUGGUAAUGAUUUAUAUGACCCUCUUGAAAUGGCAUCACCUAGAUCACAGUCAUCUUCUCGACAUCUUUCUCCUAAAUCUCCAACAUCAGUACGGUCGAAAUCCCAAGAGAAAGAAAACCAUGGAAAUAUAUCAGAUGAUCCCUCUGAUUAUGAUCCAGCUCAUCCAACAGAUGAUGAUUUUAAGUUGGUCAAAUCACCACUUUUAGAUUCUUCAAAACCAUCUUCACCUGCUCGUGUGGUGAUAAUGUCUUGUCAGAAAGAUGAUACAGUUCAACCUCAUUCUGCUGACCCAUCUACUAGUCAAAAUACUGAAGCCCUGCUAAUAGAAAUUCCAAAUGACAAAGCAAAAUUUUCUGAAACAAUAUCACCAGAGGCUUCCCCAGAGCCAUUGACGAUAGAUGAACCAGAACAAGAAAUAUUACCAAUAUCUCCUGCAGUGUCAUCUGAGGACUGUGAACCUAAGUCAAUUCCUGUUAUUACCCCAACCAAACCAACAGCCUCUCCCAUCAUCCCAUCUCUAGCAACAGUCAAACCAGCAAAACGUACCAUAUCUCCUAUUUUCCCAUCAACACUCACAGCCACACCAGCUACAGAAGCUCCAUCAAAGUCUACAGUCACUCCGGUUUCAGUUCCUUUAUCCAAACCUUCAGUAUCUCCUAUUUUUUCAUCUACACCCACAGUUACAACAACAAAAUCUUCUAUUUCUCCAAUUUUCCCAUCGCCUAAAUCACAGGAGGAUCGUAUCUUAUCUGCACCACCAAACAAAUCACCUAUAGCCAUUGUUAAGCCAAAUGAACCUAUCAUCACAUCUGUCUUGCCGCCAUCCUCUCACCAAUCUGUUGGUCUCUUACCUACUCCAACAUCUACAGCAAAUCCCCCAAUAGGUCAGGUAUUCCCUACACUUCAAUCAAAUGAUUCUCCUUUCGCUCAGCCACGCCCCAUUCCUAUGUCUUCAACCUUAACUUCAAUAAUGAAUGGUUCAAAGAUGCAUGUUGAACCUGCACCUCGACCAAGAAGUUUGCUUUCAUUGCCUUUCCCUCCACUUACAUCUAAUCAGACUAGACCAGGCUUCAACCAACUGACUGAAAUAAACAGACUUCUAAAUACCCAAGCAAGACUAGCAGGAAUUAGGCCUGAUCCAAAGACUGGAGGAGUGUUUAAGAUACCAGCACCACCAGUUGACCAUUCUGAAACACUGGAGGUAGUUGAUAUGGAUAUUGAUAAAGACAGUAAUGAUGAUGUGUCAUCUCCAUCUGAUGAUGAAUGUGAGUUGAGGUUACCACAAUCCCCUAUGCCCAAAAGAAAAAGUCGUAAGAAACGACGUGAUAUUGGAAAGGAUGAAAUGCCAUCAUCAGCUGCUGACUUAGGCAAGAAACAAAAGAAAUCUAAACAAAAUCUUGACCCCCGAAAAACUAAUUCAUUACAGUAUGUGAAGAAAUUACAUUUACAAGAAAGGGUUAUUGAGGAAGUCAAACUGGCUAUCAAACCUUUCUACAGCGGGAAAAAAAUUACAAAAGACCAAUAUAAAGAAAUUCUAAGAAGAGCUGUGCCAAAGGUAUGUCACAGUAAAGCCAAAGAUGUUAACCCAAUGAAAAUUAAACUUUUGGUAGAGGCAUAUGUUGCCAAGUUUCAAAAGAAGAAUAAAAAGAAAUCAAGUGAUAUUAGUACAACUGUUACAUCUGGAGUUGUAGAGGAGCCUGGAAAUAAAACAGCUGUAACUGCUAGAUGGUUAAAAUCAAUUAAUAAAUUUAGUGCUUCAUGA